AUGAAGUCAAAUAACUAAUCAAUAAUUGAACUAAUCAACCAAAGCUAAAACGACAUCAAGAAUAGAUCUUAGUCAUUAGGAUAUUAAGCCAAUAAAAACAAUAACGUAUUUCCUUCGAUUAAAAAUUGCAUUAUGGAGUAUGAGAAAAAAAUAAAAGAUCUUUAAAUAUCGAAUGUAGGAAUCCAAGUAAAACACGAUAAUAUUAUAAGUGGAUUUACAACUAAUUAACUAGAUUAGGUUUUAAGUAUUCCUACUCCUCCUACAAAACAAGACCAAAGCCUAGAUGAAAAUGACGAUAUUGAUUUGGGUGAUCUUGAAAAUUUGUAAAUUGUAGAGCCCUAAAGUUUUUAGAAUCAAUAAAUAGAUAGCUAGAAUGAGGAGGAUGAGGAGGCAGAAGAUGCUGUGGAUGAUUAGUAACUUAUAAGAGAUGAGAGUGUUUAAAAUAUUAAGCAAUCUACACGGAAUAUACUUAAUACAAAGAAUUCAUCGACCAUUUAGUAUUCAUCGAGUAGAUUAGACAAAAAAUAGAUAUAAUUAAGAAACCGAAUACAAUCUUCAGAUGGUAAUUCCUUACGUCAGAGUAGAUUGUAAAGAUCCAUUUAUGAAGGUUAAACAGGCAAAAAUAUUUAGCAGUCAGUUCUAAAAAAUGUGACUUCUUCUUAAGUAUCAUUUUAAAAAUCUUUUCGACCAACUAGACAAUCCAAAACAAGUUUGGGUGUUAAGCUUCCUCUUAUUUAAAACUAAGAAUCUAAAGGAUCUUAAUUCUUAAUUGAAACACCUGAUAGGUCUGCAAACUAGUAAGGCUUAACUUCUGCAAAUAAUGCAAAUCUUCAAUCUAGAGAAAACUUAAUUGAAGAUGAUUAUGUACCGACUUUAUACAUUUUACCCUAGGUAUCUUGUAAAACUUAUUGCAUUUUAGAUGCACUUAAGGGCAAAGUUUUGUAUUUUAAAGGGGAUCAUGAAGUAAGAGAAAUAGCCUCACUCACAAAGAUUAUGACUGCGAUCGUUUCUCUUUAACUAGCAAAGGAAAUGAAUAUUGACAUAACAAAUACGUAUUUUACUGUGAGUGCUAAUGCUUCAACUACUCCAGGAACGACAGCGUAUCUCAAAAUGGGAUAAAGAUUGAGAGUUAUAGAUCUCCUUCAUGGUAUGAUGCUACCUUCAGGAAAUGAUGCUGCAGUUACUCUAGCUGAGAAUUUCGGAGAGAGAUUAAUGAAUUUCAGAGCAUUAAGAAGCCCGAAAAAAAACUUUAAAGAAUAUAACUUUUAGUAAAGUCCAGAAAAGCUAAGAGAUUCCAGAAUGGAACUUUAAAUAGAAAUUCUUAAUACCUAAAAUCCUAUUAAAGUUUUUGUAAAAGAAAUGAAUAAAUGUGCUCGAUAAUUUCACUUAAGAUCAACAAAAUUCUCAAAUCCUCAUGGAUUAGCAGAUAAAGGCAAUAGAUCAACAGCUUAAGACAUCGCAUAUUUAGCCUACCAUUCUCUUAAAGAUAAUGUAUUUUCCUAAAUUGUAAAUCAACAGAAAUACGAAUGUAUGACCUUUAUAAAGAAACCAGUUACAAAUUAAAUUAAAGAAUAACCCAAAGCUGAUUUAGCUAUUAAUCUUGAUAGUGAAUAACCUUACAAAAUGACCUGGUUCAACUCUAACAAAUUACUUGGUGUGAAAGGCUUUAAAGGAGUAAAAACAGGAAUCACUCAGACAGCUGGCCCCUGUUUGUGCAUCCUCUAUGAUAAUGAAUAGUAUAACCAUAAACUUAUUACAGUUGUUUUGGGAUGUAAAAAUGUUGACUAUAGAUGGCGGGAUGCUAAAAGACUAACUAUUUGGGCAGACAAUAUGAUUAUCGAUUAGAAAAUGAAUUCUAAAAAUUCCAUGAAAAACAUUCCAAUCUUUACCUCUCAACAAUAAUCAACCCAACAAUAUUGA